AUGCUCAGAAUCGCAGCACCUCGUUUAUCCUGCUCCACCUCUGGAGACGUAUCAUCUAUCAUCGCUCGUUUGAAGGCGAAUGAGCACGAGAUAGAUAGAAUAUGUCAGAUUGCUGGUAUCGCGGGUGCUUCAGUCGGCGUGAUUCAUGAGGGCGAAGUCAUCUACAAGCAUCAUCAUGGCUUCCAGAACAUUGCUGCUCAGGAGAAAGCCAACGAUGAUACUCUGUACGGAAUUGGGUCAUGCUCUAAACCCUUCUUCGCUGCCGUUAUUGGCAGUAUUGUUUCUGAAGGGAAAUUGAAGUGGGAUGAGCCAUUGAAAAACUACCUGCCAAUGCUGGCAACAUCCUCGAAGAUUGUCACAGAGUGUUCAACUCUGGUGGACGUACUUGGACACCGCACUGGCUUGACAGGAGCCUUUCAUACGACGUUUCAAGGCAACGGAGAUCACCUGAUUGGCAACAAAGACUUCUGGGCUUACUUGCCAACCCUAGCACCAGCAGCUUCGUUCAGGGAGAGAUGGAUCUACAAUAGUCACGGAUAUUCAAUUGCGGGAGAGUUGUUGACUCAAUUAACUGGCAAGAACUUGACCUCUCUGCUGCAAGAGCAUGUGAACAAGGCCCUUGGUCUCACCAGAACGAUCACCGAGCUCGACUUCGACAAGGAACCGAAUUUUGCAAAGCCAUACUCCACACUUGAGGAUGGCACUCCUUACGAGCUCAAAGAGAGACAGGACUUCAGAGGCCAUUUCUUUGAGGCUGCUGCAGGGCUUUUUAAAGCAAAUCUGGAUGCUAUGCACACUAGUGAUGGGUUUGAAGAGGUCAGCAACCCUAUUAAAGAGGGCGAAACGCUUUUCUCUCAGCACAUUCCUGUCUUGAACCCAUCUUUCCGAGAGCGGUCUUACGCUCUUGGCUGGAUUCGAACCCAGCUUCCGGAAAUCGCUGGUGUCAUGGGCGAUAAUAUCAGGAUCCUCGGUUUGGACGAGCUCCCAAUCAUCGGAGAAGGCACAGAAUCUCGUCUCCUGCUCUACCACCAGGGUGCGACUGUCGGAUACUUCCCUUCUUUGUACCAAUUUCCCGAGUUAAGGUCAGGUAUUGUGGUGCUCACAAACUCGAUCGCCCUGGGAGACCAGGCCGAUUGGAUCGCGCAGAGCUUGACUCAGGGGGAUUACUGGGACGCUGGUGGUCUCUUCUACAUUCAAGUUCGUCGCAAGCCUGGGAGCCAUGACACCUUGCGCAUCGCCUUCCAAGGCUUAGAAAAGCAUGCUUAUGAUCUUCGGCACUACCAUGACGAUGUCUUUGAGUGGACUUUGACACGAAAUGAGACGGCCAAGCGCGCGAGGUAUCACAUGUUUGGCUUGGACUACUUUCUUAUGCAGUUUAAAGGUAACAGCAAGGAUAUUGAUGAACUUGCCUGGCAUGAUGAUGGCAACCUGCACAAUCCACGCGUUCUGAAGAAGAGCGCCUCUUCAGCAAUUUGA